CGAUCUCAGUUUCCCAUCUCUCUCUCGACGCGAAAGCUCCUUUUGCUGCCGGCGCUUUUGACAUAGUGUAGGUGUACGUAUGUGAAUGUGAGUGUCGUGUUCUCUCUCUCUUUCUCUUUCUCUCUCUCUCUCUCUCUCUCUCUUUCUCUCUUUCUCUUCGCCGAUCGAAAAUUAUGAUUCGACGAGGUGACUCCGCAAGGUGAUCGAAUCAGUCGCGCGAUCGGUUCCCGAGGACUCGUCGCGUUUCUCCUCGACUACGUUCGUGUUUACAAACGAUUUCAAAAGUUAUUAUCAUUUCUUUUGAAUUUUUCCCGAGGGAUUGAUAAGAUUAAUUGAUCUACUUCGAGUGGAUUGACCGACAGGCAGGUUAACGACACCGAUGAUCGUGGCUUCUCGUAAUAAUUCUCGAAGAAGGAAUUAAAAAAAAAAAAAGAAAAAAAAAAAAAAAAAAGAAAAAAAGAAAAGAAAAGAAAAGUAAACAAACGACGAACGUCGUAUUGAUCGGUGAAUCAAUCGAAAAGAUUCGAGCGGGAAAUUUAAUUUUCUCGACAAAAAUUCGACAAAAAAUCACGCGUAUGUUUUUUCUCGAGUGAUAACGCACGAUAAGGCUCGAAAUGAGGAUCGAUUGAAAGAAAUAAAAAAAAAAAGAAAAAUAAAUAAAUAAAUAAAUAAAUAAAUAAAAAUAAAAAAAAAUAAGCAAAAAACGAAACGAAAAGGAAGAAAGAAAAAAAGAAAGAAAGACGAACGGAGAAAGAAAGAAAUCUCUCGAGUUCGGAUUUUUGAAGUGCCGUCGCGACGGUGGAGGAUAAAGAGGUAAAUCGGCUUGGAAAGAGGUACGACGAAGCUGCAACUGUGGAGGGUCUUUCCGUUUACUGGGAGGAUUUCGUCGAGCAGCAUCGUGUAAAUGCAGCUACGGCGGCGAACAUCUUUAUGAACUACUCCGCACAAGACAGGACCAGAAUGGUUUCGCACGUCAUUCCUGUCUCCGGGGAGCUGCAACAGGGUAACGGUAGCCUAGGUACUGCAGGACUAGGCAGUAUACAGGAUUCUCCUCACUCCUUAAAAAUAAAACAGGAACCUUUUCAGCUGUCUCCACCAUCCCCACUUCCGCCACUUCAUCAAGUGAGCAGUUUUAUGUCGGAUCUACAAAAUGGUUACAUGAUCAAUGCUUCGAAAGAUUUGGAAUCUUCCGUAUCUACUGGUAUCAACAAAAGUCUAACUACUCAUCAUCCGUCCUUGAGUCUUCAUCAUUCACACCAUAGCUUGCAUAGUCCGAAUUCGACGAUUUCAAUGCACUCUUCUACACCAUCCCAACAACAACAACAACAACAACAACAACAGCAACAGCAGCAACAACAGCAGCAACAACAACAGCAUCAUCAUCUGGAAGAUAAAGUGUCCUCCCCAAGUGGAGGACUUCAUAGUUCAACGACUAAUAGUAAUCCUUCGACACCCUCUGCACCAUCAACGCCUACUGCUGGUACAGAAAACAGUGCUGGAUCAAAUACAGCUACUAUAACGAAUAAUAAUAACAAUAGUAAUGGCAAUCCUGCUUCAACUACAGCCAGCAAGCCGCCUUUCAGUUAUGUUGCUCUGAUUGCCAUGGCGAUACAACACAGUGCACAAAAAAGGGCGACUCUUAGCGAAAUUUAUGCGUAUAUCACAGCCAAGUUUCCUUAUUUCGAGAAGAAUAAAAAGGGCUGGCAAAAUUCUAUUAGGCAUAAUUUAUCAUUGAACGAGUGUUUCGUCAAGGUACCACGUGAAGGUGGUGGCGAAAGGAAGGGCAACUUUUGGACUCUCGAUCCCCAAUACGAGGACAUGUUUGAAAAUGGUAACUACAGAAGACGCAGACGUAUGAAACGUCCAUACAGAAAUGCUCCUUAUCACAAAUCUAUCUUUGGCGAUCCUUUCUCGCCGACACAUGUCCAUCUUGGUCCUAGAAAUUUAUUCGCCCAUACACCAUCUUCCUAUGCACCUACUACUUACGCGCGAUACGAUACGAGUGCAUGGAGUCUUCAGCAACCACAAUUAUCCUAUAGUCAUUGCCAGUCGCUUCAACCACAGUUACAAUCGAUGCAAUCGAUGCAGAUACCGACGAUGAACGGUUAUAGUCAACUGAGUACUUCGUUAAGUGAGUCUCUGCUCUAUCCUCCGAACUUCAGUUCUUUGAGCUCGCGAGUUAUUAGACGACCGUGCAAAGCUUUUCAAGGCAAUUACCUGGAUGUUCCAGGUGGAACGACUGGAUCACCAGGAACUAUGAGCAGUGGAUCAUUUGGUAGCACCUUCACGGCAUGUGGUAGAAGACACGAAACCAGCAUGGCGACUGAAACGAUGCCAGCAAGGUGCUAUUGGCCAGAAAUGGUGAACGUGAAAGAGGAACCAGGUAGUACCACGGCAUCGACAUCAGCCGUCGGCGGUGUUCCACCGACCAUGAUGGGAACAACGGUGCCAUCGAGCGUUACCGCACCAGCUUUUCCCUCCGUCGAAUUUCAAACGCGAUCGAAGUGUUUCAUGUGAACUGUUUAAUCAAUCGAUUCGAUAUGAAAAAAAAAAAACAAAAAACAAAAAAGAAAAGAAAAAAAGAAAAGGAAAACCGAUUUUUUUUUUUUUUUACUUUUGGUACGUGAAUACGUGCCAAAUGGAUUCGAGAAUUUUUCUUUCUCUCUCUCUCUCUCUCUCUCUCUCUGUACCGUUCUUUUCUUCUCUUUUUUUCUUCGAAUAAUUUUUGUUAAAAGAUAUGACGUCUUUAAAUGGAAAGGGAAUGGAUGAAGGGUUGUGGGAUGGAUGAGGGUUAGAAGAAGAAAAAAAAAAAAUAGAAACAAAACGAAUUUAAAAUCGAAACGAAGAGAAUUCGUAUACGAUAUUUUCUAUUUCUGGAUGACUGGAAGCGAAAUAUUCUAGGAUUUUCAUCCGCGUUCCAUUUCGAGUCUUUUGAGAGAAGAUGACACCGACGAAGGACGAAGAGAAAACGAAUGAGUCUGGUAAGCAACGAAGGGGGCGAUGACGACGUGCAGGAUAUAUCGUCGCGAACCAUUGAAACGUUUCUCUGAGAGUCAUGUGAGAGAAUAAAAGUGAAAGAAAGAGAGAGAGAGAGAGAGAGAGAGAGAAAAGAAAAAAGCACGAAUGCUUAUCAAUUUGCACGGUAAACCUAUUCCUUUCCUUCCGUCAACGCGACGAUAUCUCUUCUCUCUUAUUUCUUUACCUAUUCGAAUAUUUAUUUAAAAAUAUCCGAGUAAAAAAAUAAAAAAAAAAAGAAGAAAAAAGAAAAAAAAAAGAAAGAACAGAA